CGUUCGUCUCCUCGCGUUUUCCGCCGACUCAUUAAAUUCCGACGGCGCCGGCCUGGAAUAUCAGAAGGUUCUUUUCACACGCUGGAUUAUUGAUUCGCAAUCCGCGAGAACGGCAGCAAACGGCGCGAGUCGAUUAUUACAAAUACGUAAUCCCGCGCGGGACGAAAAGUAAAUCCGUCGUCCUGAACGAUCGAGCUAACGGAUGACGUUUUAGAGCUACGUUAACAAACUUUGCUCUCGGUUUCGGUUACCUCAAGCAAUUGCGCACAGAAUAGUUUCCCUCCUCGUUCUUGAACGCGUCGAUCUCCCGUCGCAGCCGCGAAAUCUUGUCGUUCAAUCCAGCCACGGCGGCGACGAUACAGUCGAUAUCAAUUUCCGCAUUGCCGAACGAAUGCCGAUUCGCAGCGCGCACAUCCAUCAUGCGGCGGUUGCUUCGCAGCUGAUGGGCGUCUUAUUAUAACCAACGCGACAUGUCACUCCCGCAAAUAACAUCGCAUCGCUCGACGUCGUAACGCGGAAUGAUCUUCAUGUCGAAGAUCGUUCGUCUCUCGGAGCGACGGACGCCCGGCUAAAUUGUCAAGAAAAUCGACAUUCAUUGCAACACUCAAGAUGUAACUGCGAGAUGCAAUAUUCUACUAGAAAUCCGAGAUGGCGAAUAACGACAUGGACGAUAUCCUGACGCGUCUGGACGAGAUCAAGAAGCUGCAAGCGGAACUUCGGCACCUGGUUCCUCGGAUCGCCAGCAACUCGUCCGGACAAGCUAAACCGCAAGAUCUAACCAGCGACGCAUCCGCGUCGAUUCGCUUCCCGUCUCUCCUCACGUUCCCGGAAGUCUCGAACGUCGCUCCGUCGUCUUCGAAGCACGGGCGAGUGCAGAAGUCGGCCGCGCACCUGAACCUCAACAACAAACUGUUGCCGAGUAACAAUCGGCCCUCGACAGCGCACUCGAAGAGCACCUGGAGGCUUACGAAGUCCGGAUCGGCCGCGAGGGAAACGGAUGCCUUCAAGGCUCCGCCGAGGAGCACGAACGACGUCGUCGCGAAGUCUCGCGCGAGGAACUCCACCGGCUCGAAUGUCUCAACCAUCGCGGCGAACUCGGCGAGGACCGUCACGUCGUACCUUACGAAGAGCAACACCGCGAAUCGAGUUGCUAAGCAUCUGCAAGGAUCUGCAAUCAGGAGAGAACCGAGCAACGACACCGUGUCUGCUAGCGACAAAACGUCGCUAACGAGCGUCGAGAAGUCGAAUGUCGCGUCUAGGAAUAAAAAUAAUUCGAACGCAAUAUCCUCGUCUGUACAGACAUCGGACGUGCCGGUUUGCGCGGAAAGAGCGGCGGAAUCGCGAGAAACGCGAUGGUGUCUAAAAAGAAAUCGUCGUCGUGACGGAAGCGGCGCGCCAAGGGGGACGUUUGUCGAACGGAUUAUGCAAAAGCUGAAUUACUGUCUCGUGGACGACAAAAGGGUGACCGUGCCGAAUCAUUAUCCGGGAAGCGGGACUCCCAAACGAGUGCAUGUGCGCCGCACAUCGACGAGCGACGGUGAAACCUUGCAAGUGCACGUGUCCGCGGCCAAGAUUUUUGUCAAUUGAUGGGACCUUUGAAAAUCGAACAAACUUGAAGCAAUAUACAGAGUGGAGAACAAUACGUAUAAGGAAUUCAUAUGAAUAAAUUUACCUGCGUCCGAGAGAAAAUCAUCGUUGCGUUAAUUAGAGCGGCGAUCCACUUGGUUAAUCUGCGCCGAAUCGAGACGCUCGUUGCGUCGAACGAAUCAUGAGAUCACCUGGAAGAAGUGCGCUAUUAAUCGGAUCGAGAUAUUCCGUUAAU